AUGGCAUCAUCAAGUCAUCGUACAUCACAAACUGAAAUGUCUCACAUGACACUGAACGUACACUAUGAGGACGAUGAUAACGAUGAUGCGAAAUCAUUUACGCCUUCGAUCAUAAGUCGAUCGUCAAUAACGACAUCACGAUCUGGUUCGAUAAGUACCGAAGUAGGUCAAGAGCAAAUCGAUCACAUACGAGAUGCUUUUGCAGUGUUCGACAAAGAUAUGACAGGUUCAAUUACAACUGAUCAAUUCAACAAAGUUCUUGAUAGCUUUGGGUACAAUAUCCCUGAAUCUGAGCUUGCCACGUUUGUGAAUCAAUUAGAUAUCGAUAAAUCAGGAACGAUCGAAUUCGAAGAAUAUCUCAGUUUCAUGAUGACGUUUAUUAAAAAGAACGUCACAACAGAAGAAAACCUUCGAGACGCAUUUAAUCUGUUUGAUCAAGAUAGAGACGGCUUUAUCAAUGUUGAUGACUUGCGAGAAAUUAUGACUAAUCUAGGUGAGAAGAUUACCGAUGAAGAUCUUGAUGAAAUGAUACGUGAAGCGGACAUCGAUAAGGAUUUCAAAGUUAAUUUUCGUGAAUUUCAACGAAUUAUGAGUUUUAAGUAA